AUGAAUAGUCAAUUACUUAGUUUUUAUUUUGUGACCUUCAAUGUUGCUACCAAGUUUCCUGAGCAAGAUGCUGCUCAGAUGUUGGGCAUUCAUCACAAGAAGUCGGACCCAUCACCUGACUUCUACGUCAUCGGGCUUCAGGAGGUCAAGUCCCAGCCACAGAACGUGCUGCUGGACAUGAUUUUCGAAGACCCAUGGACCAAAAGCUUCAAAGACAUCCUUAAGGAAUAUGACUACGUAAAAAUACGUACCCAGCGGCUUCAAGGAAUGGUACUUAAUGUAUUUUGCCUGAGAAAGCAUUUGACUCACUUGAGGUUGAUUGAAGCGCGUUAUACCAAGACUGGCUUUGGUGGGAUGUGGGGAAACAAAGGAGCUGUUAGUGUACGAUUGAAUAUUUAUGGAGUUAAUAUUUGUAUUAUUAAUACGCAUCUAACUCCCCAUGAUCAUUUAAUGAAUGAUAGGAUAGCUGACUAUAAUACAAUACUUAGAGAACAUGCUUUCGAAGUACCUGAAACGAAACAUAUCUUAUUCCAUGACUACGUAUUUUGGAUCGGUGAUCUAAAUUUCCGUCUUCACGGUGAAGACUUGAACGCAAGUACAAUAGACUCGUUGGCUAAAAAACAAGAUCUAGAUGUUUUGCUAGCGAGGGACCAGUUGAAAAAGGUAAUGGAGAAUGGAGACGCUUUUGCAGAACUCCUUGAAAGUCCUAUUACAUUUCCGCCUACUUACAAAUUUGAAUUUUCAUCUCAAGAUUACGAUCUUAAACGGCGACCCGCUUGGACUGACAGAAUUUUGUAUAAAGUUAAUAGCGAUGUCUAUGAAGAUAUUAAAUUAGCAGCCACUCAAUCUAGUUAUAAAAGUCAUCCUGAUUACGUAGUGUCUGAUCAUAAACCUGUGACGGCAGAGUUUGAAAUUGUGGUGAGACCAAAUUUCCAAGACCAUGGAGUAGAUUUCCAAUCUCUGAGCCAAUGGUUCAUCGAUGAAGAAAAUUCAGUAUCUUAUACACUAAUUGGAGACUUUAAACCAACAAGCGGAGAUUGGGUGGGACUUUUUCAUCAAGGAUUUUCCAGCAUAGAUGAAUAUAUUCAAUAUGAAUACGUAACUCGUGGAAGACCAUCUACUACGUCAGAACCUUGUGCAAUAAAUGACCGAAUUUAUUUUAGUGAUACAGCAUUGAGGAUGCCUGGAAUGUAUUGUCUGGUAUAUGUUGCUCAACGUGGUGAUAUUGUCAGCAUUCUGGGUAUCAGUCCGGCAUUCCCGUGUCACCGAAGGCCAGGCAGUACUCAGAACUCGAUCUAG